AACUAUCGAUAAGACCACUGUGGACGAGGUGCAGACGGUUAGGACAGGGAUCACAGUAAAGGCUCCGAUGCGACACAAUUUGCACGUGUCGGUUGGCGGCACCGUUGAAAAGACGUUCACGUUUCCCAGCGUUGGAACUGGAUCAAUCAACAUGUGCGCUAGCGUUGUGAGAAAAGGGUUUGAACCAGGACACCCGAUAGAAGUGGACUGCUUUAUAUGGAACGAGUCGAGUCUGGACGUGACACCCCGGGUCACGCUAUACCAGACACAGGUCUAUAUGUGUGGCGAACGGCAUAAGGCAGUGGAUGUGGCCCUUACGGAAGCCCUCGUGGGUCAGGUGGUUAAGGGUAGUGCUGAGGGUAUGGAAUCAUUUUUACUGGUUAUUCCCGACGGCCUACCCCUGUCGUUCAAAAGUGGCUUGAUAACAGUGAAAUACUUUGCGCAUUUGACCCUGGACAUACCAUAUGCCAUUGAUCUGCACAUAAACUUACCGAUUGUUAUCACUACAAAAGGUGCGCUCGAAGCUAUUUGAACUUGUUCAAUAUAUAUCCUUUAACUUUAUAUUAUAUACAUUAUUUUGCUUGUUAUUUUAAUCUCGAUAAUUUAUUUUUCAUUAUACUCCACACUAUUGCCUGU